AUGAAUUCCAACUCCCUGAUUGCCAACAAACAGAACGCAACUAUUGAAGGAAUUGAUCGAUCGGUUUUUCGUGAGUUGCUACACAGCACAUUUGAUAUCGUGACAGAAGAAGCACUAAUGGAAAGAAUUUUCUGUACAUGGGAUAAAGGAUUUGAAGGAUUACCGAUUCGACUUGAAGGAUGGAUUUGUGGAUUGUCAGUGUUCUUGAAAGGAACACUAUCAGAGAAAACUGCAUAUUGUUUUCGUGUUUACGAUUUAAACUCUGACAACUUCAUUACGCGCGACGAAAUGUUUACUUUAUUACGAAACAGCUUAAUCAAACAUCCUCAAGACGAUGAUCCCGAUGAGAGUGUCAAAGAUCUCGUAGAAAUUGCUUUGAAAAAGUUUGACAUUGAUAAAGACGGCAAAAUAUCUUAUCUUGAUUACACAACUGCUGUCAAAGCUGAUGUAUUGCUUCUUGAAGCUUUCGGACAAGUUCUUCCAACUGAUAAUGCAAUUGAUAGCUUUUUAUCAACAUUACAGUAA